AUGUCAGCUUUCAAAACCACAUUUUGCUUCAAAGACAUUUUCUUGAUACUCAUUUUUAUGUCAAUUUUUUUUAUUGCUCUCAAUUACCAUUCUUCCAUCCUCCACCAAUUAACCUCUUUCUCCUUCGCUAUCGUCACCGCCACAAAAAAUUCUCCGACCACCGUUAACCACCUUGUUUUCUCAAUUGCUUCUUCCUCUAAGACCUUUUCAAAACGCAAAGAAUUCCUCCAUCUAUGGUAUAAACCUAAUUUUACGAAAACUUACGUCUUCUUAGAUCACUUUUCGUCAGAAAUUUUUAAUUCCCCGAAAAACAUCGAUCUUCCAUCGAUUCUCAUUUAUGAUGACAUGUCUCGAUUCCCGUAUACCCAUCGUGCGGGUGCACGUUAUGCCCUUGGCCUAACGUACAUGAUUAAACAAGUGGUUGCGCGUAACGAUCCUAACGUGCGAUGGUACAUUUUCGGGGACGACGAUACAGUUUUUUUCGUGGAUAAUUUGGUGAAAAUGUUAGAAAAAUAUGAUCAUAAUGAAUGGUAUUAUAUAGGAUCUAAUUCAGAGAGCUAUGUUCAAAAUGAUUAUUUUUCUUUCGAUAUGGCAUUUGGUGGAGGCGGAUAUGCAAUAAGUCGUCCUUUAGCUAGGGUUUUAGCUAGGGUUUUGGAUUCUUGUUUGAUGAGGUACCCAAGUCUCUAUGGUAGUGAUGCUAGGAUUUUCUCUUGUUUGGCUGAGCUUGGAGUGAGUUUAACACAUGAACCUGGUUUUCACCAAGAUGAUUUAUGGGGAAAUCUAUUUGGAUUGCUAUCAUCACAUCCAUUAUCACCAUUACUAUCACUUCAUCAUAUAGAAGGUGUACAAUCAGUUUUCCCUAACAUGACCAAAAUUCGAGCUCUACAACAUUUCUUCAAAGCUGCUAACACUGAUCCUGCAAGAAUAUCACAACAAACUAUUUGUUACGAUCGAAAAAAUUCAUUAUCAGUCGCAGUGGCUUGGGGUUACGCGAUACAAGUAUACGAAGGCAAUGUUAAAGUUCCGGAGCUUAUAACAGUUUUAAGGUCGUUUGAUUCAUGGGAUAAAGAUAAGAAAAGACCAUAUUUUAUGUUUAGGACAAAGGUGGAAUCUAGGGGUCCUUGCAAGAAAAUGGUUGCAUUUUUGAAAAGUGUUGACUCUAAUGGAGAUAAAGUUUGGAGUAAUUAUACAAGGCACAGAGUAGUGGGAAAAACAUGCACAAAAGAUGGCAAUAAAGUAAUCAAGAAUUUGGAAGAGAUUAGAGUCUUUUCUACCAAGUUGGAUAGUGAAACUAGACAGGUUAGGGCGCCACGUCGUCAGUGUUGUGACAUAUCAUUAUCGUCCGAGAAAUCUAUGGAUAUUCAAAUCAGACCAUGUGGAAUUGAUGAGUUAAUUACAAUGUCUCCCUAG